AUGGCGACAGCUAACAUCCCCUCGAUUGCCGUGGUGGCGUCCUCACGCGCCGUUAUCUCCGGCCGUCUGACCUCUGCCACCGUGGUGAUCUCCCGCACCACAGGCAAGAUCACCGCCGUCUUUGACUCCGUCAUCCCAGCCUCGGAGUUCCCCGCCGGCACUCCAUACACUGACUACUCGCCACAUGUCCUGCUGCCCGGUCUAGUCGAUGCCCAUGUGCAUCUGAACGAACCCGGCCGUACGGAAUGGGAAGGUUUCUACACCGGUACCCAGGCCGCCGCCUUUGGCGGCGUGACGACCAAGAUCAACGCCGCCCAGGGCAAGUGCUGGGUUGAUGUUGGCUUCUACGGUGGUAUUAUCCCCGGCAAUGCCGCUGAUCUCAAGGGUCUCGUCCAGGAGGGUGUCCGCGGCUUCAAGGGUUUCCUAAUUGAUAGUGGUGUGGAUGAAUUCCCCGCUGUGAGCCAAGAGGAUAUUCAAAAGGCCAUGGCAGAGCUGGCAGAUGAGCCCACCACGCUUAUGUUCCACGCAGAGAUGGUUCCCCCCAUCACUGCCUCCGUCGGUGACGAGACCCAAACGUCUGAGCCUCCAGCUGCUCCAGCUGGUCCCCUUGAGGCCUACUCUACCUUCUUGGCCUCCCGACCUUCAGCCUUCGAGACCUGUGCCAUCGAGCGUAUUCUGUCAAUGGCCCACCUCGCCCCGAACCUGCAGCUGCACAUUGUUCACCUGUCUGCUAUGGAAGCUAUCCCUCUUUUACGGGAAGCCCGUGCCAAGGGUGUUAAGGUCACUGCCGAGACUUGCUUCCACUACUUGUCACUGGCCGCCGAGGAAGUACGGGAUGGCGAUACCCGCCACAAGUGCUGCCCCCCAAUCCGCUCCAAGAUGAACCAGGACGGUCUCUGGGAGGAGCUGGAGAAGCACAACAGCAAUGGUGUCAUUCAAACCGUCGUCUCAGAUCACUCCCCCUGCACCCCUGACCUGAAGCAGCUGCCCUCCCACGUGCCCGGACACUGCGCCAGCAGCUCCAAGGGCCCCGAGGAGGACGGCAACUUCUUCUCCGCUUGGGGUGGCAUUUCAUCCGUUGGCCUCGGUCUGCCCAUCCUCUGGACCGAGCUCAGCCGGCGCAAAGGUCUGAUGCCGACUCCGGAUGAUGAGAAUACCAAGAACGCCCUGCAAGACAUUGUCCGCCUUUGCUGCACCAACACCGCCGCCCAGGUCGGCCUGCAGUCCCGCAAGGGCGAUCUCCGCGUCGGUUUCGACGCCGACAUCUGUGUCUUCGAUGACUCUGCCGAGUGGGUCGUGGAGCCCAGCACCAUGCUCUUCCGCAACAAGUGCUCACCCUACCAGGGUCGCACGCUGCGCGGCAUGGUCCGUGAAACCUGGUUGCGUGGCGAGCGUGUCUUCACCCGCGAUGCAGGUUUCGACAACAAGACGCCGGCCGGCAAGCUGCUCCUCGAGAAACGGGUUUGA